AUGGCGGCGGCGGCGGCGGCGGCGGCGGCGCGUCUCAUGCGAGUGCGAAGCUUCGGAGCCCUCCUGUGCCUUGCUCUGGCCAGCACAGCCUUGGCCGACAAGUCCGAAAGCAGCGCAUCGACAACCUCGUCAGCUUCGUCACUUGCAACCUAUUUGACCUUCAAAGUUCCCGAGCCUAUCUCAGCUCCAGGCGUAAACACUUCUUCGGGCUGUGGCAAGGAGCUUGACUCCGGCUUUGAACCUGGAGCUGACACGGCCGGGCCCUUCACCUUCAAUACUUCAGAUGGCUAUGGUCGCAAGUAUACCAUACACAUACCCAAGUACUACCAUAUCAACAAGGCCUCUCCAUUGAUAUUCGGCUUCCCUGGCAAUACGAACACAUACAAGGACAUUGAAGACCAGACUGACCUCUCCGACGAGUCUAUGAACCCAUAUGCCAUCGCAGUAUACGUUUCAGGCGUCAAUCUCGGCUUUGUGUCGAAUCCUGGUUAUGGUGCUACCAAAGAUGCCACUUUCCCCAAAGUUGACGACAUCAGCUUCAUGGAAGAUUUCAUCGAGCAUCUGGCAGGCAAAUUCUGUAUCGACACUGGCCGCAUUUGGGCGGUAGGACACAGCAAUGGUGGGGGCCUGGUGAAUGUCAUGGCGUGCGACCCAACGCUGAGCACCAAGAUCACAGCGUUUGCCGCCAACUCUGGAGCAUUCUACACCAACUUCACCGACGGCGACCCGGAAACGAUCGACACUGGGACUACAACGCAGGGUAAAUGCUUACCUGCGCGUGGGCAUAUUCCAUUCAUCGAGUUUCAUGGCACAGACGACGAUGUUGUGGAGUAUGAAGGUGCGGAUGAUCAUUCCUCUUAUGGCAUCCGAGUCCUACCAGACAUUCAGCAUUGGGCCUCGAGCUGGGCAGUACGUGACGGUUACAGUAUUGACAAUGUCACAAGUCGUCCUGACGAUGAUGUCAAAGUGUACCAGUGGGGCGGUCCGGACAAUCUGGGCAUUAUCACGCAUUACAGACUGAAUGGCUGGAUUCACAGUUAUGCUCGAAAGUCCGCCGGCGCACCUAUUGAUGCAACGCCAAUCAUCAUGGAGUUCUUCUACAACCAGACCAACUUCACAACAUCAAGAACCGCGACUUCGACAGGAACGCCCACGUCAACAAGCUCGGCUACUGCAUCCUCGACAUCGUCUGCUGCUGCCGGAAAGUUUGCAGAGUCUCACAUCGCGAGCGUCGUAGCUGGUCUUGCGCUUGCAUGGGUGCUGUAG